ACGCUAACGCUAUUGUCGUCUGCCAGCUGUCAAAGACGCAACUAUGGCGCGAGUUGCUUUAGCUGAAGUUCGCCGGUUUUGUGUGGAUUGUAUGACGGCUGUGGGGACACCUCAAGCAAACGCCACAGCUUUAGCUGAUGUUCUUGUAGAAGCAGAUAAUAGAGGACAUUACAGUCAUGGUCUUAACAGACUAGAGAUGUAUGUGCGAGAUGUAAAGCUCAAGACUUGUGAUGGAUCAGCUGUUCCCACUAUCCUGAAUGAGUCGUCUGCUACAGCUUGGGUGGAUGGGAACAACGCUCUUGGACCAGUGGUUGGAAACUUCUGCAUGGAGGUUGCAAUAAACAAGGCAAAAGAGUGUGGCGUGGGUUGGGUUGUUGCUAAAGGUUCAAAUCACUAUGGAAUAGCUGGAUGGUACAGUAUGCUGGCAUUAAAGCACAAUAUGUUAGGAAUGUCUUUUACAAACACUUCACCUUUGAUGAGUCCAACAAGGAGCAAAAAGUCUGCCCUUGGGACCAACCCAAUUUCUCUAGCUGCACCAGGUGAAAACGGGGACAGUUUUGUCUUAGAUAUGGCAACUACUGCAGUUGCUGUAGGCAAAAUAGAAGUUCAACGUAGGAAAAAAGAACCGAUUCCCAUUGGUUGGGCUCAAGGACCUGAUGGACAGCCGACUACAGAUGCUGAGUUGGCUUUUAAAACAUCGGCACUCAUGCCACUCGGAGGAGAAGAAAGAACGUCAGGAUACAAAGGCUAUGGCCUGGCACUCCUGGUGGAGACAUUUUGUGGAAUAUUAGCAGGAGCUGAUUACGGACCCAAGAUCCGCAAGUGGAUGGAUGGUGAGCGGCCGGCCAAUCUAGGUCAAUGUUUCAUCGCCAUCAAUCCAGCUUGUUUCGCUCCAGACUUUCCUCUGCGGAUGAGCGAUAUGAUGGGCCUGCUGCGCAACCUGGACCCUGCCGACCCUGAAAAACCAGUUUUGGUCCAUGGAGAUCCAGAGCGAAGAAAUAUUGAAAAGGUCAAAACUGAAGGUGGAGUUCUUUACCAUGAGAAUCAGCUUAAAGCCUCUGCACAAUUGGCAGCUGAGCUGAAAGUGAAACCAAUGACUGCUUCAAAUUAAUGUUCCUCUUUAUAGUGUGCCAUUUAUUAUUUUGUGGUUGUAUUUUUGAUGGUGAUAUUAGUUAGAUAUUAGACUUAUUAUAAUUGAAUUAAAAUUAUUGUUGUUAUUAUAAA